UAGGUGGGUUUUCUCGCUGGCACAAAGCCACAGUUCUGUUUCUACUUUCGGUUUAGUGAGAUGGUAGUUGUUGACAAGGACGUCCAUAUAUUGCUGUGAAGAUUGUGUUAUUCAAAUCGGUGAUAUCGUGUGUCCACUCACGAUGACCGCUACAUACCCAUGUCCGGGCAUCAGAGUGGUCAGAGGUCCCGACUGGGCGGGGAGAGAUCAAGAUGGCGGCGAAGGUCACGUGGGAACGGUUGUGAAGAUAGAGGAUUCUGAUUGGGCCAAAGGCAAAGUAUCCGUUAUCUGGGACGGUGGCCGAGAGUUCCAGUACCGGGCAGGAUAUGAUGGCAAGUUCGAGCUGCUGGUGUUUGACUCAGGUCCUACAGGUGUCCAACAGAAAGGCUUCCAGUGUGAUGGAUGUGGGGAAAAUGACAUUUCAGGGAUGAGAUGGAAGUGUUCGACAUGCACGGACUUCGACUUGUGCACCCUGUGUUACAACACAGAACGCCAUGACACAGACCACGCCUUCCUCUGCUGUCUCACCAACAACUCCCCACUGGUGCGCGUGCCGCCUCGUUCUGGCGCUCAAAGAAUCCGUGCCAUUGGUCUGUUCAAGGAUGCAACGGUCAUGCGUGGACCGCACUGGAAAUAUGGAAAUCAAGACGGUGGAGAAGGAACCACCGGGGACGUCGUGAAGCUCGGGGCGUGGUCAGGAGGGUACAGCCGGGGGGCUGUCAAUGUGAGGUGGAAGGGUGGACAGGACAGUGUGAAGGGAUACCGUAUAGGAGCCCAGGGCAAGGUAGACCUCAUCACAGUGGACCAGACUCAAGGUUGGAGGUACUACAAGGCCCAUCUCCCGGUGCUGGAUGUUGUGAAUCCCAAUGACGUUCGCCUGAAAGUUGGGGACAAAGUGAAAGUAGAGGUGGACGCAGAUAUAUUUGAACGCACGCACAAGGACUUGAUUGGUUAUCGUGACAGCAUGGCACAGUGUUUGGUAGAGGUUGGUACUGUCACCGGUCUUCCAUCUAAAGAUGAACGCGUCAUUAUGGCACAGUACCCGGAUGCUGAGAGGUAUGGUCUGGUGAAGUCCACUCUGACAAGGCUUCACACGUUUGCUGUCGGGGACCUUGUGAAGAUUACCAACAACUACAACGCUGCCGUGGAGCUCCAGAACGGACAUGGUGGAUGGAAUGACAAAAUGGAAAAUUGUUUGGGAAAGACCGGCCAGGUGGUUGAGAUCGACAAGGACGGGGACCUGAGGGUGGCCUUUGGGCCAGUCAAGUGGUUCUUCAGCCCGGUCAGCUGUGAUCCUCAGGACAAGGAAGCCUCGUCAGGGUCUCAUAAAAGCACCAGCUCAGACUCCUCGACAUCUGAUGUCGACGACAUAGCCGAGGGUGUGGCUAAGGUUCUGUUCGGCCUUCUGAAGCCUGGAGAGAGUGCAAUGUUCAAGCCUAAUGCGUCAUCCAGCAGUACCGUAACAGCCCGAGACCUCGUCAUCGCUGUCAGUAACGGCGACACGGAAACAGUGAAAAACAUUGUCAGGUCUAUUGGUGACAAGGUGAACGAAUCAGUGGAUGGCCUCACGGCAUUGCAGACGGGGUGUUACAAAGGUCAUGCUGACAUAGUCAAGCUUCUGAUCGGUGCUAAGGCUGAUCUGAACAAGGCUGACGAUGACGGAGACACACCUCUGCACUAUGCCGUGUCAGGAGAGCAACCCACUGUGGUAGGGAUACUGCUGGACGCCAAGGCACGGGGCAACACGAAGAACAACAAGGGACUGACACCAUUACAUCUGGCAGUGGCCAAGAAGGACCCCAGCACCCGGUGUCUGAAGACACUGAUACGGUACAAGUGUGAUCCUAACACACAGGAUGAGGAGGGAGAUACGCCCCUUCAUGAUGCACUCAGAGCCCAUAACCAGCAUCUUCUUGAUCCCUUCCUGGAGUGUGCCCAGCUGAAUCUGAGACUCGCCAAUUCUGAAGGCUGCAACCCUUUCCAUGAAGCAUGUGUGUCGCUCUCUGGGGCAACAGAAUUUCCACAAGCACUGAUAAAGAAAGAUCCGAAGAUUGUCAACGUCCCCAUGAACAACGCCCUCACCCCGAUACACAUCGCAGCCUUCCGGAGCUUUCUGGCCCUGGCAGGUGUUCUGGUGAAGGCUGGCUGCAACGUCAAUGCUCGGGACGACAACGGCAAGACAGCACUUCAUAUGGCUGUGCAAAGAUGUAAUCUUCAGAUUGUACAACUGCUCCUUGAAUCCGAGGCGGAGAUCAACGUACAGGACAAAGAUGGAAAUUCUCCUCUACACGCCGCCCAGAUGGACAUCACGCUUCCUGGAGCAGAAGGUCCAAGAAAUGAGGAUAUGGCCCUGGAGAUCCUCUGUCAUCUUGUAGAACGAGGAGGGGGCAUCAGAUUAGCGAACAAAUCAGGGAAGACACCUCUUGAUUUCGUGAAGAACAAGGAAGUGCGAGUAAUGUUAGAGAGAAUUGCAAAACGACCUUCGACCUCGUCAAUGAGCCAAUCAAAGCGUCUACCAGCACACUGGGAAAUCAUGGGACAGGAUGGGUUCAAGAAGGUGGAGCUGAGUGAGUCCAACCCGGUGACGGCCUUUGAAUACAGACAUGUUGAGUCAAAGGUGGAAGAGACACUCUCCAAUAAGAGCAUCGUGUCCAUCUACCGUGUCCAGAAUGUGGCACUGUGGGAACAGUAUACUGUCGCAAAGGUCAACAUGGAACGUGAAUACGGUCGGGGUCUUGCCAACGAAAAGCAACUCUUUCACGGAACCACACCAGAUUCGGCUGAUCUCAUCCCGCACCAAAACAUCGACUUCCGGUUAGCCGGAAGUAGAGUGGGCGCCCUCUAUGGCCAAGGAGCGUACUUUGCUGUGGAUGCCAAGUACUCGGAUGGCUAUGAUAAAGAAGACGCCCGGCGUCACAGGUUCAUGUUUUUGGCUAAAGUUUUGGUGGGGAAGUCGAGGCAAGGGAACCCAGAGUUGAAACGUCCCCCAGUGUUGGAUGCCAGCAACAAAACUAAACUUGCUGACUCAGCAUGUGAUAAGGAAACAGACCCGAGAAUCUAUGUGAUUUUCAGCGAAGGUCAAAUAUACCCCGAGUAUCUGAUUGAAUAUCGUUAAAUCACAAUGUAUCGUGUGUAUAUUUAUCUGGGGGAAAAUUCCAGGGAUGCAGACAACAAAUCUUCAAUAUGUCAAGUUCCUGCUGACAGGGUUCAUUUUAUCUUUCGUUAAUAUCCUUAUAAGUUGAUUCUCUAUGUAAGUAUUAUAAUCCUUUUACUCUUAGACAUGUUGUAUUUAAAAUGCUCCCCCAGACGUUUCCAUAAACGUCAUUACCAUCAUUUGGCUGCAAGUCUUACUAGAACAUUGCACCGGUCAAUUUGAAUUCCCUCCCUGAUGAACUUAAGCUGUCUCCAUCCCUUGAAAACUUUAAGCAUCAUCUCAAAACCUUUCUCUACAGAAAGUAUCAUUUUCGUGAUAAACGCCCGAAAAGGCGUCUUUCACACAGUCAGUGCAUCAUACGGAGAAGUGGUAUUGAGAAAUAUUUUAAUAUUGUCUAGUGACGAAUUAGAUUGUUGUUCGUUUUAGCAGACACAAGAUAGCCAUCACACAACAUCACCGGGGAAAUUGGGUUUAUCUGUAUCUUUAGCUACAUGAAAACGCGUACAAAAAGUCCAGGUUUUUACCAAUAGUACAAUUCAUAAUUAUAUAUUGGUCCCGAAUUAAAACUGUAUUGGUGAAUGCGGACACAUGGUUGUUGAAAGUCGAGAAUGUUUCCAACUUUCGUUCAGCGAGGCGCAGAUUCCUUACAUUAAGACUGUGUAAGCCUAUUUUGGUUGUCCCCCGCCGUGAGGUUCCUGGAAUAUUCAUAUUUAUAGGCAUGUUAUUCUUGCUUAACAACAUCAGUUUUUGUUGAUGUGAGGAAAUUAACCCUGAGUUCUUUGUGAGGGAACUUGCUGAUAUUCUACUCACAAAUGCAGGUGACAUUUGUAUUUCAUAUAUUUUCUGGGCGUUGGACAUUAAGAACUGAUGAAAUAAAAACAAUGGCAGUUCACGUACAAAAACAUUUGAUAUAUUUAUUUUCCAUCGCAAAGCGUUAACAUUAUUGCACAAUUUCUUGUGGCUUUUAUGUUUUUCUGUAGAGCAAAAGUAGAAAUAUUACACUUUUUACAUGACGUUCAGUACUGAAAAUUUAGUGGACACGCGUUUGUUGUCAGUAGAAGGAGUAAAAUAUAUGCAAUGUGCAACUGAUGACUUUUUCAUUUCCAAAAAGCUCUGAUCUGAUCUCAUUAAUAACUCCUAGACUGUGUAAGUACGUAAGUACUCCGUAUCAUAUAUGCCCAGGUGUGGAAAUAACCCAUUGCCCGACGCCCGAGUCCAGUGUUUUUUUCUGUUGGGCAAGCAAAUUUGUACAUCACACUGUACCGGUGUCCAGUUGACUUUCCAAUAUUAAUUAUGUUGUUUAUUUAAAAAUUCAACAAGAAAACGGCCAGUAUAGUGGAAAAGUUAUUAGGUAAAGUGAUUUUCUAUUUGCCACUGUACCGGAGUACACUAGCAAUUUUACAGUUAUUUCCACCCCUGAUUAUGCAUGCUAAUGCCAAGGAAAUCUGUUUUAAAGGAGAUUUGAUGACUUAUUUCUGUCUAUUGGAAACUACGAGUUUCAGUCAUACUUUGUUUUGAAUCCCACUCAUGUUCUUGUUUUGGAUUCAUAGAUAAUGUAAAACAUUCAGAUAGUAGUUUGUGUAACGCAAGUACAUGUCAAUGCUACCAGACAUGUUUCUAUUAUGUACCUUGAUUUAAACUACUACUUCAAUAAAUAUGGAUGUACUCUGUCA